AUGCCAAAACAGAAUGCAACAGCUAGACUACCCGAUACGUCCAAUGUGUAUGAUAAUGAUCCAAUUGAGUUUUUAAAAUUGGCAGCCACUGCCAUGAGUCAUCGGGAUAUUGCCUUUGGUAAUGUUACGCCUAUUCCAUUGAGUGGAUUCAAAACCCCCUUUGUUAAUUCGAGUCGUUGGGCAGAUGUUAAUAGAUUAGGUGAAAGACUUGAGGAUAAUGAGGAUAGGAAAAAGCAAGAAGGUGGAAUCUUUGCAGAAACUUAUAUUUAUGAUUUGUUUGCCAAAUCUCAUGAUUCAUAUCCUGCCUGGAAUCCUCCUGAUAAUGUACCGAUUACAAGAGAAGCUAUUGAAUCCAUUUUUAUUCAAUUGACUGAAGUGUUUGGGUUUCAAUAUGAUAACACGAAGAACAUGUUUGAUUAUUUAUUAAGGUUAUUAGAUUCUAGGGCUUCAAGAAUGGGACCAUUUCAUGCUUUGAAAUCUUUACAUGCUGAUUAUAUUGGAGGAGUUAAUGCUAAUUUUAAAAAAUGGUAUUUUGCUGCUCAGUUGGAUAUUGAUGAUGCCAAAGAUACCGAUACUACUAAGAAAAGGUCAAAGCAGACUUAUCAGGCAUUGGAACAAGCUGAAGCUCAAUGGUGCUUAAAUAUGAAUUCAUUGUCUGCAACUGAUUGUGUGAUCCAAGUAGGUUUAUACUUAUUGUGUUGGGGAGAAGCAAAUAACAUAAGGUUUAUGCCUGAAUGUUUGUGUUUUAUAUUCAAAUGUUGUAAUGAUUAUUAUUACUCAUUGGAUUCAAAUAUUCCUGUCAAAAAUGCUACUCCAAGUUUUCUAAAUCAUGCCAUUACUCCUCUUUAUACAUUCUAUAGAGAUCAAUGUUAUCUGGAAGUGGAAGGAAAGUAUUAUCAUAAAGAUAAAGAUCAUAAAUCUAUUAUAGGGUAUGAUGAUAUGAAUCAAUUAUUUUGGUAUAGACAGGGUCUUGAUAGAAUGCAACUCUCAAAGAAAAAGAUGAAGUUAAUGAAUAUGAAGCCAAGUGAAAGAUAUUUAUAUCUUAACGAUGUCGUUUGGAAUAAGGCUUUCUAUAAAACUUUUAGAGAAACUAGAAGCUGGUCUCAUGUUUUUGCAAAUUUUAAUCGUAUUUGGAUUAUUCAUAUAUCUGUUUUCUGGUAUUAUACUUCAUUGAAUUCACCAACACUUUAUACUCGUAACUAUCAGCAACAUUUAGAUAAUCAUCCUACAGCACAAGCAACUUUGACUGUAAUGUCAUUAGCUGGUGCAAUUGCUGUUGCUAUUUGCCUUAUUAGUACCUUUAUAGAAUUUAACUCGGUACCUCGUAUGUGGUCAGGGGCACAACCUUUGUUCAAGAGAACCAUUUUCUUAAUGAUUACUUUAGCAGUAAGUGUUGCUCCAACUGUUUAUCUAUUUUUAACAACUCCAUUAAAUGUUCAAAAUACAUCUGGCCUCGCGAUUGCUAUUUCUCAGUUCGUAUUCUCCAUAUUUUUAGUCUUCUACUGUUCUAUUGUUCCACUUGGUAAAUUGUUUGACAAUUACCCUGAUAAGAAAAAUAGGAGAUAUUUGCCUACCAAGGUAUUUACAAGUUCAUUUUAUCCCUUGAAGGGAUCUGAUAGAGUAGCAUCAUAUGGUUUGUGGUUUUCUAUAUUUGUUUCAAAGUUCGUUGAAUCUUACUUCUUCUUGACUCUUUCUUUAAGAGAUCCUAUAAGAGAACUUAGCGAUAUGAGUAUGUCCAGAUGUGCAGGUGAAGUAUGGAUUGGCACCUGGUUAUGUGCUCAUCAAAGUAAUAUAGUCUUAGCUUUGAUAUACUUAACAGAUGUUGUAUUAUUCUUUCUUGAUACAUAUUUAUGGUAUAUUGUUUGGAAUACUAUAUUUUCGGUUUGCAGGUCAUUUUACAUAGGAACAUCCAUCUGGACUCCUUGGAGGAAUAUCUUUUCAAGAUUGCCUAAGAGAAUAUUCUCGAAGAUUAUUGCAACUCCCAAUGAUAAGAAUAUUAGAGCCAAAAAGUUGGUAUCACAAGUUUGGAAUGCUAUUGUAAUUUCAAUGUAUCGUGAACAUUUACUUUCCUUGGAACAUGUUCAAAGAUUGAUUUAUAAACAGGUUGCUAAUCCAAAUGUUGAAGGCGGAACAGUUCUUAAAGAGCCAACAUUCUUUGUAUCCCAAGAAGAUCAGACGAUGAAGUCAGCUCUAUUUUAUGAACAGUCGGAAGCACAGAGAAGAAUUACAUUCUUUGCACAGUCUUUAUCUACGCCAAUGCCUGAAGUAAAUGCUGUUGAUUCAAUGCCAUCCUUUUCUGUAUUGAUUCCACAUUAUAGUGAAAAGAUUACACUAUCUUUGCGUGAGAUAAUUAGGGAAGAGGAGCAAUAUUCACAUGUUACUAUGUUAGAAUAUUUAAAGCUGUUGCAUCCAAUUGAAUGGGCAUGUUUUGUUACUGACACCAAGUUGUUGGCUGAAGAGUUUGAAAGUGAUUCUUCUAGUCCCAAUGUGCACAAAGAAUUACAAGAUGAUUUGCCGUACUAUUCAGUAGGAUUUAAGGUAGCAACACCAGAAUAUAUUCUAAGAACUAGAAUAUGGGCUUCCCUUAGGUCUCAAACUUUGUACCGUACUAUAUCAGGGUUUAUGAAUUACUCAAGAGCAAUUAAAUUAAUGUUUGAUAUUGAAAAUCCAGACUCUGCAUUUGACGAUGAAGUUGCUAAGCUAGAAUCUGCAGCAGUGAUGGCUCUCAGAAAGUUCAGAAUUAUUGCUUCGAUGCAACGUUUUAUUCACUUUUCAGCGGAAGAAAAGGAGAAUGUGGAACUUUUGCUUCGAGCUUAUCCAGAACUUCAAAUCUGUUACUUAGAUGAGGAGAUUGAUCCCGAAACUGCAAAGAAGAAAUAUUAUUCUGUUUUAAUUGAUGGCGGUUGUUCCAUCUUAGAGGAUGGCUCAAGAAAACCAAAGUACAAAAUAGAACUAUCUGGAAACCCUAUUUUAGGAGAUGGUAAGUCUGACAACCAGAAUCACGCUGUAAUUUUUAGUAGAGGUGAAUAUAUCCAAUUAAUUGAUGCUAAUCAAGAUAAUUAUCUUGAGGAAUGUUUAAAGAUUAGAAGUAUUCUUGCAGAAUUUGAAGAGAUCCAUGUUUCGCAAGAUCCCUAUUCAGCUGAUUUGAAGUCCACGGAACAUGCACAUCCAGUUGCAAUUAUUGGUACUAGAGAAUAUAUCUUCUCAGAAAAUAUUGGAAUUCUUGGUGAUGUUGCUGCUGGAAAGGAGCAGACUUUUGGAACAUUGUUUGCAAGAACUCUAGCCCAUAUUGGGGGAAAGUUACAUUAUGGUCACCCAGAUUUUUUGAAUGGAAUAUUUAUGACUACUAGAGGUGGUUUAUCAAAGGCACAAAAGGGUUUGCACUUGAAUGAGGAUAUUUACGCAGGUAUGAAUGCUGUCUUAAGAGGAGGUAGAAUUAAACAUUGUGAAUAUAUGCAAUGUGGAAAAGGUCGUGACUUGGGAUUUGGAUCUAUCCUUAACUUCACUACCAAAAUUGGUGCUGGUAUGGGUGAACAAAUGCUUUCAAGAGAGUACUUUUACUUGGGUACUCAAUUGCCAUUAGACAGAUUUUUAUCCUUUUACUAUGCUCAUCCUGGUUUUCAUCUUAAUAAUGUAUUCAUUAUAUUGUCUAUUCAAUUGUUCCUUUUUGUUGGUGUGAACCUUGCUGCUUUAACUAAUGAGUCCACCAUAUGUGAGUUUGAUCGGUUCCGUCCUAUUACAGAUCCGAGAAGACCAGUUGGAUGUUAUAAUCUUAUACCAGUUGUACAAUGGUUAGAAAGAAGUAUUUUCUCAAUUUUCAUUGUUUUCCUUAUUUCAUUUGUGCCUUUGGGAGUCCAAGAAUUAACCGAAAGAGGUAUCUACAAAGCGUUAACCAGACUAAGCAAGCAUUUUGCAUCAUUUUCUCCUUUGUUCGAAGUGUUUGUUUGUCGAAUUUAUGCUAAGUCUUUGGUCAGUGAUAUUGCCAUUGGUGGUGCUCGGUAUAUUGGUACAGGAAGAGGAUUUGCAACCAUACGUGUUCCGUUCUCAACGUUAUACUCUAGAUUUGCUUCAGAGAGUUUAUAUUUUGGUUCUCUAUGUUGUUUGCUUAUCCUUUAUUGUUCAAUUUCAAUGUGGAAGUUAUCUUUGCUUUACUUUUGGGUUACAGUUAUAGCCUUAUUGAUUUGUCCAUUUUUGUAUAAUCCUAAUCAGUAUUUGUGGACCGAUUUUUUCAUUGAUUACAAGGAUUAUCUACUGUGGUUAAGCAGAGGUAACAGUAGAUCAAAUGUAUCUUCUUGGAUCAGUUUUAGAAGGUUGAGUAGAAGUAGAAUCGUUGGUGUCAAAACAAAAAGACGCCAUUUCAAUGAAGAUUUUAAAGUAUUAAGUGAUAUUCGUCCUUCAAGAUUUAAUUUAAUUCUUUCCGAUUCUGUACUUCAAUUGUCAGGUAUGUUUUUAGUGGCUUUUGCUUAUUUGUUUGCCAAUGCACAAAAUGAUGCUAAAGGAACUUCUCCAGUGAAUAGUCUUAAGAGGGUUCUAAUUAUUACAGCUGCUCCUAUUGUGGUCGAUGCUGCAGUUUUGAUUGUGUUCUUCUUUGUUUCAUUAGUUUUGGGUCCAAUUAUGUCCUUGAUAUUUAAAAGCUUUCCGACCUUCAUUUCUGUUAUAGUCCAUUCAAUUGCCAUUAUUAAUCAUAUUUUCUUUUUUGAAUUACUUUGGUUAUUUCAAAAUUGGGAUUUUUCAAGAGCCAUAUUAGGAUUUACACUUUCAGUAAUGAUUCAAAGAUGGUUUUUUUUCCUUAUAACAGCAGCACUUGUAUCCAAAGAAUUUAGACAUGAUAAAUCAAAUAGAUCUUGGUGGUCAGGAAAAUGGAUUACUGCUGGUCUUGGUUGGUAUAUUUUGACACAACCGCUUAGAGAGUUUGUUUGUAAAAUCUGUGAAAUGAGUUAUUUUGUGGCAGAUGUUGCGGUUGGUCAUUUAAUAUUAUUUGCCCAAAUUCCUAUUUUAUUGAUUCCUUAUUCUGAUAGAUGGCAUUGUUUGAUGCUUUUUUGGUUAGAACCAGGGAAUCAAAUACGUCCUAGAGUGCUUUCCAAAAAGCAAAAGAGAAAGAGAAGAUGGACGGGAAAUUUGUAUACCUUGGUAUUUAUACUUGCUAUGGUCAUUGCUUCUAGUAUAUUCGUAUUCCCAUAUGUUACUACCAAAGUUUUAGAUAUUGAUCUUGAGCAAUAUCUUCCCGCUAUGUUUGCUGAUUUGGUCCAACCUUAUAGAGUUAUUAAUACGAGAAAGGGAUUACAUAAAGGUUUAAUUAAAUCACCAUUUUAA